AUGUCUUUAGAAUCACUUCCAGUAGAAAUUCAAUUUUGUCUUUCUUCUUACCUUUCAGUCAAAGAUAGGAUCUCAUUGAGUCAGGUUUCUACUGAACUUCGAAUAAUUCACAAAGAAUCUACGUUCCAGAAAUGUAUUAUUAUUCCUGGUAUCAGUCCCUACGAUUCAUUUUUCAACUCUAUUUAUUUGGCCACCGACCCAAGAUGCCGUAUCAUUAAUUUUUCUAUGAUCCAGAACCCGGAAAAAUACUCAACUUGGUUUUCUCCUGCUAGUGUAAAGAACCUGCUAAUGCCUAUUGAGCUCAGGGGGGAUGCCGCUCAAAAGGCUACUAAUAGUCUUUUUUCCAACUUUCCAGGAGUUCACCAAGUUCUUUACUACCCUUCCAAAAAACCAGAUAAUAGUGUUACAUUGAUAAACAACGCAUCUAUACAUUAUAAUAAUAACGAUUUUGACGAUUCUUUGUUUUACGGGUUUGGUGUUGUUGAUAAAGAAGGGAAUAUGGUAUUUUGCGACGACUCGCUUGGUGUUACCAGCGGCACCGAUACCCGCUCCAUAUUUCUUGAUAAUGUACCCGAAUCACUAAAUCUGAAUCUCAUGAUUGACAACACUUUGGAACUUUUCGCUUUCUCCAGUUUAACUUUUGUCUCCUCCCUUAACAUUCAUCUCCGUAAACCUUCAACUUCUAGAAACAAUAGAAGCUCAGAAAUCAGCUCCGAAAUAGAAUUACUCAGUUCUUGCAACUUUUCCCAUUGUGUUAAUCUUCGCAAGUUUGCUCUCAACGGACUUACGGAGGAUCCAGGAUAUCAAUUUUAUGAAAAUCUUUACAGCCAGCUUAGCACUCUUUCAAAGCUUGAGCACAUUGCAAUCACUCAUUUUAUGUCACGUACUGGAACUUUUGUUUUAACAGAAAAACUUGGUCACGGAACUCAGACCAUUAAAACCUCUUCUAUUAUACUUCAACCGCCAGCAAAUACAAGAAUCCUUUUAGAAAAAAUGACACAGACCCCUGAUUUUUCAAAUCAUGCUAAACCACUCCACAACAUUACACACAUGGCUAUCAAAGUUCCUUCUCAAUAUGGGGUGCUAGGCGUCCGCUGGAUUUUUGAUACUUAUACUUUUCCUCGAUUAAGUAGCAUGGAAAUUAAUGUCUCUCAGUCUCAACAAAUUGUUCAGUACCUUGAAGAAACAGAAGCCUUGGUCAACAGAUAUUACCAUACUUGUCCCUCCAGUUCAGAUUUUACAUUACUCGAUGAUAAUUUUAAUAAUUCCAUGUCUUCACAACACUCGAAAUCAAAUUAUUUUUACAAUGAUACAAAAUAUCUUUCUUUUAUUUAUGAGAGCUCACAUAAUUUUUCUUUAAACUCUAAUCAUAUACCCUCUUCUCCUACAUCUACACUUGUGAAAUCUUUUGUUUCUUUUGGAAAUAAUCUUUCUAAAAUUCAAGAAGAUAAUUUUUCCCUACCGUCCACAGUGGCCUUGGGAUCAUUUUCACAAGAUUGCAACCAUAUACCUAAAUUGAAUAUCAGAGAGCGCUGUUUUAAAACAUUGGAACAGUUUGGUGUUCAGCCUUCUUUUUCUAAUGUUAUCGCUGCUUCUGGAAAGAUUUUGCAGGAUAUCAGGAAUAUAGAGAGUCUUUCUUGUUUACCUUCCUUCUUUUCCUCAGCCUAUAGUUUUGGGGCUCAACCUAUGUUCACAAACAUUAAAACCCUUGGUCUUGAUUCUUUUGAGUUGUUGGUUACAGAAAAUAAACCAGCUUUUGCUCUUCCAUAUUUUUCUGAAAGCAAGGUUUAUGAUAGCACUAUUGCUCGUUUUUUUAAGUCUAUUUUUGAAGUUGAAUCGUUGUUGGAUAUUGUAUAUGGUUUUAUUUGUGCAGCUACCAGCACGUAUGAUUUGAGUGAGAUUAUGCUUAGUUCAAUGUUGAAUAAUAUUAAAGUUAAAUUGGUGUCUCUAUUUCCUGAUGCUGAGAAUUGGAAUAUUCCAUUGGAUCGCUUGAUAGGUCUUUUAGUUCCUUCUUGUUUCUCAGCUCCAUCUGAUCACGACUUAUUGAAAAAUUGGGACUUUUCAAAAAAAGUUCAAAAUUACAAUGAUUCAGGGAAUGGUUACUUUGCUUACUACGCUCCAUACUCUCCAAAGAAAUCUCAGCCACCUUACACUGGUAUUCUUUACGCUUACAAAUACAUGGCUAACGCUUAUGAGGCUAUUAUUCGCCUUCUUCCAAAUCUAGAGCACCUGGAAGUUCGGAACGCUUACAAUGCUACACCAUUGCCUCAGUUGGGUUACUUGGUCCAUACACAUUCCAAACUUAAAAGCAUUCUUGUCACUCAAUAUACAAAAUGCUUUUUAUCUGAAUGGAUGACACCAUUUCAGUCAUAUAUGUAUCCAGUAAUUUUGCCAGGAAGUCCCAGAACAAGUGUGUUUAUUGAUGUUGAGGGCUCAAGAAAUAAGUAUUCAGUUAAGCUUGUGAAUGAUGAAAAACUCCGCUAUGAUGGACUUAAGAAGCAUGAUAAAGCUGUUGAAAACGAAAUUAUGGAACGCAGAACUCAUGGUGAUUUUUGGCAUAAACCAAAGCAAGAAAUUUUCUAUGCUGAAAAAUUUUCUUAUGGUGUAAGUAGUUGCUAG